AUGGGUUACCAACAAAGUAAUGCUGAUCAUACCAUAUUUUUUCAACAUAACAGUGGAAAGGUUUCAAUUCUGAUAGUGUAUGUUGAUGACAUAAUUCUGACAGACGAUAAUCUUUCAGAAAUUAAUCGUUUAAAGAUUCAUUUAGCUCAGUCAUUUGAAGUCAAAGAUCUUGGACCUUUAAGAUACUUUCUUGGGAUUGAAGUUGCUAGAUCAUCUCAUGGUAUUUUUCUUUCCCAACGAAAGUAUGUACUUGACUUACUAACAGAAACAGGCAUGUUGGGUUGUAGACUUGCAGCUACUCUGAUUGAGCAAAAUCAUCGUCUUAUGGCUGACGGUGGUACUCCAGUUGAUCGAGAAAGAUAUCAACGCUUAGUAGGACAACUGAUUUAUCUUUCUCAUACUCGUCCUGAUAUCACUUUUGCUGUCAGUGUUGUAAGCCAAUAUAUACAUGAUCCUCGUAAAAGAUAUCAGAAAGCUGUCUAUCGAAUUAUACGAUAUCUUAAAGGAUGUCCUGGACGUGGACUUAUGUUUUCUCGUCAUGGACACCUUAAGAUUGAGGGAUAUACUGAUGCUGACUGGGCUGGAGCCUUGGAUGAUAGAAAGUCUAUCUCAGGUUAUUGUACUUUCUUGGUGGUAAUCUUGUGA